AUGGCUACCCGCAAAUGCGCCGCUGUUGUUGUUGGUGCUGGCCCCGCCGGUGUUGCCGUUAUGGGCAAUCUGCUAGAGCGCCAGCUGGGUUCUAUUGCAUGGAUUGAUCCCAGCUUCACAGCUGGAAGAGUCCACGGCAAAUACCGCGAAGUCCCUAGCAAUACCAAGGUAGCGCUAUUCCAAUCAUUCGCAACAGCCACACAGCCUUUCCAAAAAGUGAUUGAGAGUUCCCGCACACCAAAUGCAUUCACAACUCUGGCCAAGCUAGACCAAGAGAAAACUUGCCAUCUAGGCUAUGCAGCAGACAUGAUCCGCAGUCUGACGGACGGCCUUAUGAAAAUGGAACAAGUCCACGCAUACCGUGGCUUCGUCGCAGCAGCCAAUCUCAACGACCAGUCAUCCGAGUGGACGAUCAGCAUCCGCCAACCAAACUCCCCAGACCUGAAGAUCUCAACAACCCGCCUAAUCCUCUGCACGGGCUCACAUCCAACAAACGUCCCAAUCCCCGUCCCGGGAUUGUCCAUCCAACGCCUAGACCUAGACUUAGUCCUCAAGCCAAGCGAACUAGUCAAAGCCCUCCCAACCACCCCCACAACCGUCGCAAUCGUCGGUGCCUCGCAUAGCGCUAUCCUCGCCAUCCUUAACCUCAUCACACUAACACACACCACGCAUCCGUCCCUGCGCAUAAAAUGGCUCACUCGCCACCCGCUCCGCUACGCCGAGUACAAAGAAGGCUGGGUUUUGCGCGACAACACAGGCCUCAAGGGCUCCGCUGCAGAAUUCGCGCGCGCAGAGCUAGAAGACGAUAAAUUGGCUACAUCGCCCGCUGGCCAGGUCUUGACGAAGAUCGACUGCGGCGGCGGGAAAGAUGCCGAGGCUGCGCAGUUUGCGAAGUACUUGCCUGGGUGUGAAUAUAUCAUUCAGGCUGUUGGGUAUACGCGUGACCCGCUGCCGCAAUUAUUGAAGGGCGGGGAGCCUCUCGCUAUGGAGUUCGAUCAUGAUAGUGGGGCUUUCCUGGAGAGUGGGAGUACGAGAGUUAUUUCCGGGUUGUUUGGUGCGGGUAUUGCGUUCCCUGAGCGGGUUGUGGAUCCGUAUGGCAAUGUCGAGUAUGCGGUUGGGUUCUUUAAGUUUAUGAAGUUCUUGAAGCGUGUUGUACCUUCUUGGGUGAAAGCUUGA